AUGCAAAUGCCUGUCAGUAGGAGUUUGCUGAAAUCCAAACAUCCGUUUGACACAGCCAGUGUUCUGUUAUUCCUGUUUCACCUGGUCGCGCAUGUGUGCGGCACACAGUUCGCGUCCCACGUGAGCGUCAACACGCCAGUCCACAGCUUCAGGCACGGCGUCGGGGACCCGCUGCCAAUGCGAGGGUACCAGGGCUUCAGGAACUCGAGACGACCACCAGUGCGGCAAACUCAACGUCAAGCGCAACAACGCGGCGGCGGCGGCGGCUACCCGCGCGUCAAGCCGCGCAUACCCUUCGACAGCGAAGAAACACGCGGCGAUGGAUUCAACAGUCUGUCGUGGCCUUAUGAUGCCCUACAAGAAACCUCCAUCCCGGUGCUCCCGCCGUCGCCAUACAGAGUGGACUCUCCAGACCCGGAGUCGCUCUGGCCCGAGGGUCUCUUCCUGCCGCCCCUCAGCGCCUCCCGUUUCGGCUUCGGCCGCAGAACUGACGCCGAACCGGAAAUUGUUGAUCCAUACCUGCUGGAAGGUUCCGAGGCGAUAGCUGCGGUGGCGCGGGCGCGGGACCACGGCGUAUACUACUUCCACGACAUACCGCACAUAGAGUCCCUGCUCGUCAACCAGGAGCUCCGGACACGGAACGACCUGCAGCCGCACCGCGUCGCCAGCAUACGGCACACGUGGCCCUUUAACCGACUCUAG